AAUUUCCCUAACCAUUCUACAAAGUUUUAAAUCCAAAAAAGAUUUAUUUAUUUCUUUAAUUACAUAAGUUUGAAACAUGGGAUUGAAGGGAUUUGCAGAAGGCGGAGUGGCGUCGAUCGUUGCAGGAUGCAGCACUCACCCACUUGAUCUGAUAAAGGUGAGGAUGCAGCUUCAGGGAGAGGUCACCGCCGCUCCCAUUAUUCAUCAAUUCCAAACUGCCGCCCUCCAACCACCUCGUGUGGGCCCCAUCUCCGUCGGUCUCAGUAUCAUCCGCCACGACGGCGCCGCUGCUCUCUUCUCCGGCGUCUCUGCCACCGUCCUCCGCCAGACCCUUUACUCCACCACUCGUAUGGGCCUCUACGAAAUCCUCAAGACCAAAUGGACCGAUCCCGACACCAACAACCUCCCCCUCGCCAGAAAAAUCGCCGCCGGACUCAUCGCCGGCGGCGUCGGCGCCGCCGUGGGGAACCCCGCCGACGUGGCCAUGGUCCGGAUGCAGGCCGACGGCCGCCUCCCUAUCUCGCAGCGGCGCAACUACAAGAGCGUGGUAGAUGCCAUUUCACAGAUGUCGAAAAACGAGGGGAUUGGUAGCCUAUGGCGCGGGUCAUCCCUCACGGUGAACCGCGCCAUGGUGGUCACGGCGUCCCAGCUGGCGUCGUACGACCAGUUCAAGGAGAUGAUUUUGGAGAGGAAUCUGAUGAGGGAUGGCCUCGGGACGCACGUCACGGCCAGCUUCGCGGCGGGGUUCGUGGCAGCGGUGGCGUCCAACCCCGUGGACGUGGUGAAGACGCGGGUGAUGAACAUGAAGGUGGAGGCCGGGAAGGCGGCGCCAUACAGCGGCGCGAUGGACUGCGCGGUAAAGAUGAUUAAGGCAGAAGGGCCUUUGGCGCUUUACAAAGGAUUUAUUCCCACCAUUUCAAGGCAGGGCCCUUUCACCGUUGUUCUAUUCGUCACGUUGGAACAAGUUCGCAAAUUAUUUAAGGAUCUCUGAAAUUAGUUAGUGAUCGAUCGAUGAUGACGACGACAACUAUAAUCGUUUUAUUCUUUUAUACUAGUACCAUCUUCCAAUUUGAAUGAUAAAAUAGUCCAGCAUUAUAUUAACUAAUUUUUAAACGUAUAUAAACUAUGCAUUCUAUUUUGA